UAUUAAUAAAUAUCUUUUCAAAUUCGUCGUUAGAAAAAUUAGAAGAAGUUAGAAGAAAUAAAAGUAAUUGGAAGAAUUUGAAAUUUAAUUUUUCAAACCUAAGUUUGAAAAAAAUGAAAAGAAUUAAAAAAAAUUAUACUCGGUUUUUUUAAAGCAAAAUAACAGCUCCUUCCUAAUGACCCACGCACGGAUCAUACUCGGUAUCAAUUUGCUCGCGAAUCUUUGGAUUGUAUAAAAGAAUCUCGAAAGCCACCAAAUUUGAUUUGAACUUGGGUUUCUUCCUUUUUCGAUCUAAUGGCAAAUCCGAAGCAUUCAAUUAAGAGCGAACUCAUCGACAGCGUGUCUCCCCGCAACCCCUCAUCUCAGCAGCCGAUGUCCAUCAUCGAUCUCAGCAGCAGCGACUCCGAUUCGGACUCCGACGAGGAGAGGCCCGCGAAGAAGCGGAAGGGCGCGGGGACGUCCGGCGUCGCGUUGCCGCUGGGGUUUCUAGAUCCUCUGCAUGAGCCGCUGGAUUCGACUCUCCCCUUGGCUCCUCAGCUCUCUUAUUCCGCCACUCCGGCGCAGGCUGAGAAUAAUAGCGGACGUGGCGCGCAGGGCUGCAUUGUUGAAACUAGCUCCAAGCAGUUCUGGAAGGCUGGGGAUUUCGAUGGGACGCCCCGCAGUGAUUGGGAAUCAUCCUCUGGUGGAAUGGACCGCGUCAGGGUUCACCCUAAGUUCUUGCAUUCCAAUGCAACCAGUCACAAAUGGGUUCUCGGAGCUUUUGCGGAGCUUCUAGACAACUCACUGGAUGAGGUCAUUAAUGGAGCAACAUAUGUGAACAUAGACAUGGUCAAGAGUAGGAAAGAUGGGAGCAGAAUGUUGAUGGUUGAAGACAAUGGUGGUGGAAUGGAUCCAGAUAAGAUUCGGCAAUGUAUGUCUCUUGGAUAUUCAGUGAAAAGCAAAAUUGCAGACACAAUUGGGCAGUAUGGUAAUGGAUUUAAGACGAGUACAAUGAGGCUUGGAGCUGAUGUUAUUGUGUUCUCACGAUGUCCUGGGAGCCACGGAAAGAGACCUACACAGAGUAUAGGACUCCUCUCCUACACCUUUUUGCGUAGCACUGGGAUGGAAGAUAUUAUUGUUCCCAUGCUUGAUUAUGAAAGUAAGGGGAAAGAAUGGAGUCCUAUAAUCCGGUCGUCUGCAGAAGAUUGGAACAGAAAUGUUGAAAAUAUAGUUAGAUGGUCCCCAUUCUCAAGCGAAGCUGAUCUUCUUAAACAGUUCAAUCAGAUGAAAGAGCAGGGUACCCGAGUAGUGAUAUACAAUCUAUGGGAAGAUGACCAAGGUCUACUAGAAUUAGAUUUCGAUGCAGAUCCGCAUGAUAUUCAAAUAAGAGGUGUCAAUAGAGAUGAUAAAAGCAUACAGAUGGCAAAGCAGUAUCCUAACUCCCGGCAUUUUUUGACUUAUCGACAUUCUUUAAGGAGUUAUACAUCAAUUCUGUACCUCAGAGUUCCAUCCACUUUCCGAAUUAUUCUUCGUGGUAAAGAUGUACAUCAUCACAACAUAGUAAAUGACAUGAUGAUGACCCAAGAAGUCACGUAUCGUCCUCAAACGGGUGCCGAUGGGGUUCCAAAAGAUUCUAAUAUGGUUGCUGUAGUAACUAUUGGGUUUGUGAAAGAUGCAAAAGCCCAUAUUGAUGUUCAAGGAUUUAAUGUGUAUCACAAAAAUCGACUUAUUAAGCCUUUUUGGAGGCUUUGGAAUCCCGCUGGAAGUGAUGGUCGUGGAGUUAUAGGGGUUUUGGAGGCCAAUUUUGUUGAACCUGCACAUGAUAAGCAGGGGUUUGAGCGCACCACUGUUCUCUCAAGACUUGAGGCCAAAUUAGUUCAAAUGCAAAAGACAUAUUGGACACAAAAUUGUCACAAGAUUGGUUAUUCUAUAAGGUGGAGAAAGAAAUCUAAUCAGGAAAAAGAGGAGGACUUUGUCUCUCCAUCUUCACAAUCUAAAAACAAGAGUGGUGCUAAGUCUGACAAGAGUCACAAUACCGGGCAUCUGAAUGGGAAACAGAGUAUAGGAAAUAGAACAUCUGGUAGAGCAAAUUAUGCAGAUUCAUCAGUGGCCGAAGAUGACAGUGAUGAUGAUGUGCAAGUUUGUGAGGGGAAAAAUAAAAAAAAUGGUGUUCUUCCAAAGUCGUUAACUUCCAGCAAAAGUAAUGGAAAAGGUUCAGCUAGCGCAAUGUGUUCACCUCCAGGGUUCACGUAUGGGGAUGCUGAGAAGCGUGAUACUGCUGGUAAUGCCAGUGGAAAUUUGAUGUCAGAUUCCUUGUUGGAGACCAUAGACCAGUUGAAAAGAGAGAACUCUGAAUUAAAAGAAAGGCUGAAAAAAAGUGAGGAAGAGAUUUUAGGUGAUUUGCUGCAUGAUUUGCAGAAGGAAAGAGAUAGAAAUGAAUUGCUUGAAGCUCAGGUAGAUGAAGCAAAACAAAAAAUAGAAGAACUAAACAAGGAUCAAGAAAGGUUGGUGGACAUUUUUUCCGAGGAGCGGCAGCGACGCGAUGCAGAAGAGGAGAAUCUGAGAAAGAAGUUGAAGGAGGCCUCCAAUACUAUCCAACAGCUGGCUGAUAAAAUAAAGCAAUUGGAAAGGAAGUGAGAAAUGCGAAAUGUGAAAGGGUGUCAUCAUAUAUACAAAACUUUUAAGUUUCGCAAAAUCUUGCCCAGUGUAUAGGCAAGAGGGGGGCUGGCUUGGUUUGAAAUGCCUUUUUCCACUAGUGGGAUGUGUUAUUAUUCCUUUAUUGUAUCAUCAAGUUUGGAUAGGAAUCACCCUGACCAUACAUAAACGUGCCGCCGUUUUGCAACAGGGCAAAUAUCAAGACAGAUAGAUGAUGAUGGGCUUUGUAAAUGGGUGUAGUGACUAACUAACUAGCUUGUUAAUGUUCAUUUCAAGCCUUGUUUUAUAGGUUGUGUAUUGGUGUGGGGUGCUCUCUCAUUCCCUCUGCGUAAACCCCAGCAAUUAGUGGGGUGCUUUACUCAAAGAGAAAUGAGAAUAGCACUCAAGUCAAAAGACCAAAGUCAACAUCUUAGUGAAAUCUUUUU